AAGCCACUUGUACUUCAUGUUAAUUGUCGUAUUCUCUCUUCCACGUGUUACUUCUCAGUUUUCACUUCUUCUUCUCACUUUCAAGUACUCAACGUCGCUUUCUCUUCCAGUCUCCACAAAACCCAUUCAAAACCCUUUCACUUCCUUCCAUAGCCCCAAACCUUCAUUUAUUGCAUAAGCGCUUUUCAUAAUCACUUUUAUGGUAUUAUUCCAAACAUCCAUUUCCGAUUUCACUUCAUUUCCUUGUUCUACACGGAACAAUCACAUUCUCCAAAAUCACACUCAUUUCUCUCUUCUUCACAUUCGAACCAUAUGCUUAAAUAAAUCCACAUUUCACACUUCGCUCUCGUUUUUUAACCUUCAAUUCAAAAUCUGAAAAAACAGCUUCGAUUGAAAAACUCUGAAGAAGCGUGUUAACUAAGCUUCUAUUUUUUAGAUAUCUGAUUAUGAAAUCAUUAUUGCAUUUAAUUUCUAUUUUUAGGGUUGAAGAAUGGAAGGGGGAAUGAUUAAACCCCCUCUUAAAAAACGCCAAGUGAUGAUGAUGACAACCAACAACGCUGUUAAAGAUAUUCGAGUUCUUCAAAGGAUAAGAAGGUUCAAAGUGUUGUUACCAAAUGGAACAAUUGUGGAACUGAAAGUUCGGAUUCCCAAUGAAGAUGAAAUGCGGUUUGAGGAAUUUAUUCAUUUAGUUCGAAUUAGGUAUUUGAAAAUUCGGAAAAACUCCGAAUCCAUGAAGAAGAAAAGUGAAAUCAAUUGGAACUGUGAUGAUUUGUAUCUUGAAGAUGCCAAUGAUAAUAAGAUCAAGGAUGUUGUUGAUUUCGGAAACUUCGUUCCUAAGAAGUGCCAUAUUUUACGCCUUAAAGUUAAUGGGAUUGGCGAAUUUCCCGAAUGGUUUGAGAAUAUGUGGGACUUGACACCAGAUAUAGAUCUGCUAAUGGAGCUUCCUGAAGAUUAUAAUUUUGAAGCGGCUAUUACUGACUUGAUUGAUAAUGCUUUGCAAGCUGUGUGGUUCAACGGGAAAGAUAACAGGAAGCUAAUCGGAGUAAAUGUGAGUAACAAGAAGAUUACAAUUUUUGACAGUGGGUCUGGAAUGGAUGACUCGGAUGAGAAUUCCAUAGUAAAAUGGGGAAAGAUGGGUGCUUCCCUUCACCGACAAUCAAAAUCACAGGCUAUUGGAGGAAAACCGCCAUACUUAAUGCCUUGUUUUGGAAUGUUUGGAUAUGGGGGACCUAUAGCAUCUAUGCAUCUGGGGAGGUAUACCCGUGUUUCUUCCAAGACAAAGCAUGUAAAGAAUGUCUACGAGUUAUGGCUUCACAGAGAAGCUUUGUUAAAUAAUAAAUCUAACUCUGAAGGCACAUGGAAGACAACUGGUGGCAUAAGGGCACCCCAAAAUGGUGAAGUCAAAAGUUCUAAAGGAAGCUUUACAAAGGUUGAUAUUUAUAAACCAAAAGUGAAAGAUGUUGAUAUUAAGAAACUCCAGUGCCACCUCAAGGACAUAUACUUCCCCUACAUUCAGAAUGAUGACUUGUCUGACAAAGGGAGGACUAUCACACCAAUUGAAUUUCAGAUCAACUGUGUUAAUCUAGCAGAGAUUCAAGGUGGGGAGGUUGCCACUACCAAUUUGCAUUCUUGCAAUGGUCCUGAAUUUGUUCUGCAGAUUCAGAUGUCUUAUAAUCAAGACCAUGGUUCAAGGGAAUCCAAAGAAGCAAAUGCACACCUUAGAUUUGUAUAUUUCCCUUUCACAAAGGGAAAGGAGAGUAUUGAGAGAGUUUUGGAAACUUUGAAGGAUGAUGGUCAUAUUAUAAAAGAAAACUUCCAAAACUUUAGUCGGGUCUCUGUUAGGCGGCUUGGUCGUCUCCUUCCAGAUGCUCGCUGGGCUUUCCUUCCUUUUAUGGACUUACGGAACAAAAGAGUAACUAGUAAUACGGCAAGCAUAUUGAAGAGAUGUUCGUUGAGGGUAAAAUGCUAUGUUGAAACCGAUGCCGGUUUUAAGCCUACACAGUCAAAGACGGAUUUAGCUCACCAGAAUCCUUUUACCAUUGCUUUGAAGAACUUGGGCUGUAAAAUUUCAGAUAAAGAGACCGCAGAUGUUUCGGUCAAAAUUAGCACGGCUACAAAAAUAUUAACUCCUUCACAAAUAGAACAAGAAUAUCAUGAAUGGAUAUUAGAAAUGCACAGAAAAUAUGAUGACGAAGCUGAUGCCGGUGAGGAUAAGCCAGUUAUAGUUGUCAAUCCAGCGAACAAGGAAGCACUUGGCAUUUCUGAAGAUGUCAUUAGAGUUCAUCGGGUUCUGAAGAGAAAGGAGAAGUCUUGGUGUCAUGGACAAAAAAUUAAAGUGUUAAGGGGAGCAUGUUCAGGGUUUCACUACAGCGAUGUUUAUGCAACCAUAGAGUACUUUUUGCUUGAAGGUUUUGAAGGAGACCUGGGUGGAGAAGCUCGGAUCAUAUGCAGGCCAAUAGAUAUCCCAGAGGAUAAUGGGUGCUCUCUUGAUGUCAGUAAUGAAGAAAACCCCACCUUGAAUAUCGGUAGCUCUUUUUCUUUACCUAUAAGCGUGAUCGACACCGAAAAGCUUGUAGCUGUUGAUAAUAUUAAAUGGAAGGAUCAACUUAAAAAGAUACAACAGAAAUUGCCUGCUUCCAUUGACUCGCCAGGCACAAACCAGUAUAAACGAAAGCAGGUUGAUGUGGUGGACUCAAUCAGCGCCGACAAAAGAAUGACAGUGAAACGUAUUCAUUGUGCUUUGAAGUACAAACUUCUAACUAAUGACCAAUGUCAAGAGCUUGAUGUGAGGGUUGGUUCUACCUUUCCAUCCUUAGCCAUUGCAUGUUAUGACAUCCAUGACAAUCGAGCACCUUUUAAACAAAUUCCAGAUGAUGUGACUGUUGAACUUCAGGCAGCAAAAGACCUGUACUUCAAAGUGCAUGGAGCAAAGACUCGUCUCUCAUUUGAUAAAAUGACUUUAAAAAUUAUGGAUGCAAUGAUUACAAGUAGUGAACUGGACAAGAUAAGGCCUAGCUAUAGAACUACUUUAAUUAUUGCUUCAGAAAAUGUUCCAUUUUCAGUAUCUUUUCCGUGUCGAGUUUCUCCUGGUUAUCUCGAAUAUGCUAAACUGAAGCCUAAUAUAAGAGAAGACCAACUACUUCCGGGUUUCAUUUUCAAGGAGUUAGCAUUUGAGAUGUUUGAUACAUAUAGAAACCAUGUGUCUGAAGGCGUGGAGGUUAAUAUUUUUUUGGAAGGAUUUGAAAGGUUAAAUAAUUGCAGUACUGUAUACAAGGUGGAUGAUAAAGGAAAAAUUGAUCUUGGUGGUCAACUAAAGUUAACAGCAGGUUUUGGAGAAAAUGCAUCCAUAUCUGUUAUGUUCGAAGGUGAACCAAAAUUCAGGCAGGAGUUUUCACUUGCACGAAGAAUCUUGCGAAUCGCAUCUGAGGUGCCUGAUUUUUGUGCCACUGGUGGUCAGCUGGAAAACAUUGAAUUUGAAAUUGUCAAUGCUGAUGGAGAUGUAGAUAUGAAGAUUCAUAAUGACGAUCAAGAAUGCCAGUUUCAUAUGCUUACAAUUAAAUCGGGCCUUUCUAAUGCAGAUGAAUCUAUACGGUACACUUUUAAGCAUGGACGCUGUACAGUUCCAUCUAUUCGUGUUCCAGAAAUUGAGGGGAGUUUUUGCUUUGAAGCUUCAUAUUCGCAGUAUACAGAGCUAUGUCUGAUUCGAAAGGUUCAAGUAAUUAAAAUGUCCAAUGUGAAAGAUGUUGCACAACAUCUAUCCCCGGAUAAGAAUACUUUUCCCCUGAAGGAACUAUCAACUCUUACUCAUGACAAUAAUUUAAUGAUCUCUGUCCUAAAUAGCGAUGGCAAGAAAUUUGACGACAUUUGCCAACUUGGUCAGAAAAUUAAUGAAUAUGAAGAUUAUCUUAAAAAAUUUAAUGACCAAGAGGAUGAGACUCAGAAAGAGCUGUUGAUGUUGCAAGAUAAUGUUCAACAUUAUCAAUUAGGCAAUGCCGACUUGUUGUUUGCCACCACCAAAGAAGAAAUGACUACAAAAAUUAAAAACAUGGAAAACUCAGCAGCUUCUGUCCUAUGUAGUCUCUCUGCACGUGAAAAGCAACAGAAUCACUUCUUGGAAGAUAUAAUUGGGGUCGUUGCCCUCCUUGGUUCUGUUCAGAGUCCUGAGCUUAGCAGAAUGUUAGCGGAAUAUCUUGGUGAAGAUCAAAUGCUAGGUGUUAUUUGUAGAUCUUUGGAUACUGCAAUUUCUCUUGAAAAGUAUAAACAAAAUGGAGAAAUCGAUUAUGUGCAUGCUUUGAAUGCUGCUGAAGCAGCUAGUCUUGGAAAAGCUAUAAGCAGACGUUUUCAUGUUAUGGGUUUUGAAGAUAUAAGGCCAUACAGGGGGAACUUGCAAAAUGACUCUCAGAGAAAGCUUGCAUUGCCCGAUCCAAAGUUAUCAAAUAGAACGCCAGAAGGCUUUAUGGGUUAUGCGGUUAAUAUGAUUGAGCUGAACACCCAUCACCUACAGGCAAGGACAGCAUCGGGCCAUGGGCUCCGCGAGACCGUUCUAUUUAGCCUUUUCAAGAAGCUCCAUGUUUACAAAACAAGCGAGAGUAUGAUGGCUGCUAUUGAAUGCAUAGAGAAUGGUGCUGUCUCAUUAGAUGGUGGCAUUAUAAGAGAAAAUGGAACUCUUUCUCUUGGCUUUGGGAAUCCUUACAUAUAUUUUCCUUGUGGGAACAAGAUGGAUAUUCCUCCAGAAGCUACGCAAAUGUUGAAUCAGAUUGAAAAAAAGAAAGCAUUACUACUGAAGAUUGAAAAAGGUAGAAAAACAGUAUCUAAACAUCUGAAGAAGUCUCGAGAAAAGUUCAAGAAAAAAGAGUUGAGAUAUAAAAAACAUAUAGAUACAACAAUGAAGUCUUUUGCCGAGGCAUUGAAACAAAAUCCAGAGAUUGGGACACCUAUGCUAGACUUAGGAGAUUGAUGUGUUUUGUUUUCUAUGCUUUUGUUCAUUGAGCUUAGAGCUUUGGAUAGUGUGCUUUUAUGUGGAAAAAGUGGAGUUUUCGGGGGGCCUGUGGCCGGCGUUCAAUGACUUGAGAGGAAUAUAACAGGUUUUGGUUACUGCUAUAGGUUAACAGAUAUUGAUUGUCUAAAAUGCUGUCGAUUAAACUUUUAAUCUCCCUGAUUUGGUUGGAUUUAUACUCAAUUUACUUUUAUUACAAAUAUGUUGAAGUUGAUGUCUCUCA